AUGCCAAAGGCUGGACCUUUGACAAGGUCAGUGUCUAAACGGGUUAGACCAGCAGAACCACCCGCAGGCAACAACACUCAUGCGAAUGCCGUGCAGGCGCUCUCCAAUGUUCAAUCCCCUCAGCCGCAUGGAGGGUUUGGGCGCAGACUUCAUUCUGAUGAGAUAGUCAUUGGACUCGGCUUAGGUAGCCCGAGGCAGAAUCCAUUAUCGGCCCUUCCGCCAGAUUACCGCGAUGUUGAUGUUUCUUGCGUUUGCAGCUCGCCAGAAAAACCCGCAAGCACGCUUGGGAAUGUCUGUGAGAUUGGUAACGGGAGUAAAGGCAUCAAACGGAAGGGCAGCAAGUGGAAGUCGAUAGGUAGCUUUUUUGGGAGAAGUCAAGUUCGGUCCGCUUCGCCAUUCUACCAGCUGGAUCAAAAACAGCAACCGGAACCAGCCAGGCAGAUCAUCGCCCAAGACUACUUGGAGACCAACGCUCUUCGUCGCAAGCGGGCAGACUCGAAUCAUGGUAACAAAGCGCAUCAAGUAGAUUCAUUCACGGGUACGCCUGGAAAAGAAAUCGGAGAGCCUCAGCCUGAAAUGCAGCGAAUUCCUGCCAAGUAUACAGCACACGCCAUAGCAGGGGAUUCGGAUCCUCAUGGAGAGCGGCAGGGGUCGCGGAUGCGUGGGCCAUCAUUACUACAAGUUGAGAUCCCGUGCGUGGAAUUGGAGCGUUAUAGCGUAAUGUUUGGCGACGUCCUGGAGCCUCAGGUACGGCAAAUUCAGCGGCAGCCUUCACUGUUGGCUCGAAGGCAGGCCCACUUGGAGGAGCCACAUACCGUCACUGACUCGAGCAGCGAGUCUUUUGAGCUUGACUUGCCAAAACUCGGUAUGCGAGCUGACUCAGUAUCAUCCAAGUCCUCCAAGUCUUCAUCUUUCUCGCUCUUCCCCUCGACUCCUCCUCUUUCAGCCCGCACUUCUGUGAACAAGCUGCUUCCGAAGCCUAGUCCUUUGAGUCGUUCGAUGACUGCCCCCACUCACCACCUUUUUCCGCCCAGGCCCGCGAUCAAGAAAAGCAAAUCCCAGGAACAAGAUCAUGUGCUUGUCGUAGUGCACAACUCGGAAGAUAUCCCAGGGACCCCAACGUUUCACGGUCGUCAACCUAGUUCCAAUCAUUCUCAGCGCUCCGCGAACUCGACUACAGCUAGCUCUUUCGAGUGCGCAGAGUACCCUGGGUACUCGUACCCCACCACCGAAACGCACCCUCCCACACAUACGAAUGGUGCACCACAGGAUUUUCUGCAACGUGCAUUCCCAGCGCGGAAAUCAAGCAUGAAAAAGCUAGCUUCACCGGAACCACGGUAUAGAAAUCAAAGGGAAGACCCAACCGGCCCUCCUGCUGAAGUCUCCGUGGCUAGGCAAAUUUCCAUUUCACGUCGACAACAGCAACUUCUUGUCCCGAUCGUCCCAAAGACUGCCCGUCAGCCCAUGCAGCCCAGAAUCAAUGAGCAGAGCACCACGGAGGAGUCGAGGAAAUCGCAGCAUCUGACUUUGGAGAAUGCUUGA